CUCUGCGGCUGUAAACACUCGUCUUUCACAGCCUGCCUCGCAAACAUGGCGUCUUCAGCGUGAAGAAGAGUUACUAUGCGGAGCAACGUUUUCCUCCAAACAUUCAGGAUUGCUGGCGGACUUUGAGUCGCCUACUGAAGGAUAGGAGUGAAGCUUCCGCGGAGGGAUACAGAGCAGCGAGAUGGGAAAUAUGAUACUGAUGGCGCUUCUGCUGGCUCACCUGCCAACAGAGCUGCUGUCCAUCCAGGUGAUCGUUCCAGAGACGGAGAGGAGUACGACUCUGUUCGCCUCCGUGAUCAUUCGCUGUGACUAUUCGACUUCAGCGAACCCUCAGGAUGUCCUGGUCACCUGGAGGUACAAGUCCUUCUGUAAAGACCCGGUGCUGGACUACUACUCCACAGCCUAUCAGGCCUCUCUGCAGCUGGGUCAGGACCCCGCCAAUGACUGCCCGGACCGCCAGCGCACAGUGCGCACAGUGAUCCAGAAGAGGGGCAUUAAUGAGCCCAUGCUGGGUGCAGACUACAGGGAACGCAAGAUUACCAUUCAAAACAAGGCUGACCUGGUCAUCAAUGAGGUGAUGUGGUGGGAUAACGGCGUGUACUUCUGCUCCAUCGACGCUGCCGGUGACACGUCGGGCGACUCGGACCGGGAAGUCAAACUCAUCGUGUACCACUGGCUGACCGUCCUGUUGAUCAUCCUCGGUGCGCUCCUGCUCCUGAUGCUCCUCUGCAUAUGUUGCUGUCAGUGCUGCCCGCAGAAGUGCUGCUGCUACGUCCGCUGCCCGUGUUGUCCACAGACGUGCUGCUGCCCGGAGAAAGCUGUGAUGCAGCACAGGAUGAUCCGAGACGCUCAGAAGGCCAUGGCUCCUUGGAUGAACGGUCAACCCAUUUACGCUCCUAUUAGCUCCAACCCCUCCUCCCAGGGCGUUCCCAUACUGUACUCGGGCUCGUACUCGGACUACCCCACCAAGCAAAACUUUGCCAUGGCUCCCAUGCAGCUGUCGCCCAUGGACCUGCAGCAUCAGCACCCUCCUCCUCCACACCAUGUGAACAGCAGUGUGCGAGGCAUCAACCAUGGCUCCGGCCAGGUGUUGGAUUACCUGGAGAACCAGAUGAGGGGGCUGGACGUGAGAGUACCUCAAAUGGCUCCAUACGCUCACCAGAACAUGCUCCCGUUACAGCCUCAGCUCCAGCCUCAGCCGGCUCCUCAAGUUGUUCCCUACACUCCGGGGCCCCCGAGUAUGUUGUCAGCCCUGGGUGAUAUGGGGGUGAGAGGGGUGGAGAGAAGGGUCAUCACCCUGCCUCCUAUAAUCCAGCGUGUCCCCAGCUUUUCCUCGCACAGGGCGCCUGGAGGUGGAGACGGCUUCAGAGGAGGUCCCAGAAUAUCCAGCCAGUCCAGCGGGAGCACAAACCGCUCUGGAGGAGGUCUCCCCCGCGACAGUCGGGGCUACAGAGACGUCUCUCCUCCCAGACGGGGGAUCCUGCGCGAUAACAUCGACGACUCGGAAUGGGAGAACAGGCGAGCAAGAGCGCCACACAGGGGUUCGAGGAAUGGGAGAGGAGGCUCGGCCGGGAGGAGAGGAGGUGCAUCCAGACCGCGUCCUCGCAGUCGUGACGACUUGAUGGAUGAGCUGCACAGCAGAGCAGCUCGGAGGCAGAGGAGCUACUCGCCUCCUCUGCGUCGCCAAGGAUCCUGGAGCUCAGAUGAGGAGGACAGCAGGGGAAGGAAAGGAGGGAACGAUUGGCCAGAGAAGCCCCCCAGCUACUCCUCCAUUGAGAACCAGCCUGGACGCGGUAACGGCCGGAGGAACUACGACCGUCUUUCUGAUAGAAGUUCCCGUAGCGGCACCAGCGUAGUAAUCUGAAGCAUUUCUAUCUUUUAUUUUUUAUUACUUUUUACCUGAAUGUUUCCAGAACGGUGAAAAUGAAGACGAACAGUAGGUACCUUGGUAUAACUGUUGUUGUAAACUGUGAUGGGGAGUCCUGUAAAUGUGCUGCAUGGAUAAAGUUUUACUGCGUGUAAUUUGGUUAAACAUGGCAGAUAAUGCAGUUCUAAGUGUGUGUGACUGUCGACUGUGUCGCUGUCUUUUGGUGUAAAUGUUUUUGUUUUUUUAAUAAUUUCUUAUUUUUGCAUAAUUCCUUGUCCUAUUUAAAGUGUAUUUUUUACCUUUCAUCCAUAAUAACAUUAUAAGACGGCAAUAAAAAGUACGUUGUGUGUCCAUUUGUAGAAAGAUGGACUCAAUUCAAAAAGUCCUUUAACUAACAACCCCGACCUAUAAUUGUUAAUGUCAAUAAUGUUUUGUUACAAACAUGAAUAGAGUUGUAUUACGCUUAAAUGUGUAUGUUUUAAAUAAACCUUUUUAGAUACA